AUGGGGAUUUCUGUUAGAAUACAUAAAGCUCAACUAGCUUAUGACUACUAUAAGUUUUCUUGUCCAUUAGCGGAAUCGAUAGUGAAGACGGAGAUACUAAAAACUUACUUGACUGAUGUUUCUGCGGCGCCGGCAUUUGUCAGGCUCCUCUUCCAUGACUGCCAAGUUCAGGCAUGUGAUGCAUCUAUCCUGCUGUACUCCCAUGAGUCGACAUGCAAAUCGGAGAUGGAAUCGUCGAGAAACUUCGGUGUCAAAAGGCUGGAAGUGAUCAACCAUAUAAAGUCUAUUCUGGAGAUCACGUGUCCUGGCCAGGUUUCUUGUGCUGAUAUAAUUGCUUUAGCUGCUAAAGAAUCGGUGUUCAUAACAGGAGGACCUAAAAUCAAGAUCCCUUUCGGAAGAAAAGACUCGGUCACUUGUAGUUCUUCCCAACUGGCCGAUACCAAGCUUCCCGCAGCAGGAAUAGCAGUCGAUGAAUUGCUUCGGAUUUCCAAAUCCUUCGGGAUGAACCUCGAGGAAUCGGUUGCCAUCAUAGGUGCACAUACACUUGGUAUUGGACACUGCAUAAACAUAGUAGACAGAUUGUACAACGAAAAGCUCAGUAACCAGAUGAAUUGGAGCUUUAAAGCACUACUAAGACUGACAUGCCCAACAAAAGUUCCUCUAACAAAUCUCACUUUUGUGCCUAAUGACUCAACUUCAUUGGCAUUUGAUAACCAGUACUAUAAAGAUAUCUUAAUGGGUAAGGGCUCGUUCGGUAUAGACGCGAGCAUUUCAAGAGACCCUCGCACUAAGCCCGUUGUUAGACGGUUCGCUGCAGACCAAAGCUACUUCUUCCAUGUUUUCUCUUCUGCCUUCGUCAAGCUUUCCUCUACAAGAGUUCUUACUGAUAAGGAAGGUGAGGUGAGGAGGCAAUGCUAUCGCAUAAACUAA